AUGAAAUCAACAGAAUUAAAUGCAAAACAAAACAAUGAAUUCAAAUCCUUGAUGAGAUUGCUAGAAGCCAAAGAUUACAAAAAAGGAUUGAAAAAUUCAGAGAAAUUAUUAGAGCAAGUCCCAGACAAUUAAGAAGUCGUCUCACUUAAAGCAAUCUUCAUGUACUACACCGAAGAACGUGAAGCAGGACUUGCCUUAGCAUACCAGGCUGUUCUCAAGAAUUUGGCUUCAGACUUUUGUUGGCACAUUUAUGGCUUAAUCUAAAAGGCUGAAAAGAAUUACAUCCAAGCAGUCAAAUGUUUCAUCUAAGCAAUCAACAAGGGCGAGGAGAAUCUUCAAUUGAUCAGAGACACUGCUAAUCUCUCCAUUCACAUCAGAGAUUUCGAAGGAAAUAAUUGGUUGAGGCAAAAACUAUUAAAUAGUAAACCUGGAAUGGUAGUAAAUUGGGUUGGUUUCAUACUUAGUCAGCAUUUAAUUGGCAAUUACGCAGGUGCCUUUAAUACUAUAAAAUUGACUGAAGAUGUUAUUAAAAAGGAUAUAUAAAACCCCAUCAAAAAAGUUGAGAUAAAUGAAUUUAAGUUGUACUAAAUUUAGCUCGCCAUUGAUGCCAAGGACUUUCAAAGAGCUAAACAAAAUUUACUUGAUUUCAAAAAUGAUAUCACCGAUUUGGUCUCAUUUUAUGAACUUGAAUACGAAUACUUUAUUAAAAUAGGAGAUAACACAAGUGCAAUUCAAUCUGUUAAACACUUGCUUGACUUAUAGCCUUAAAAUUGGAAAUACUAUCAAAUGUUGUAAAAGGCAGAUCCAUAAGUGGAUCUAUCCAUUUAUAAUAACACUUUAGUAUAAGGUAGAUUGCUUGCACAGAAAGAAGGAGAUUCAUUUUUAAAUAGUUUCCUCUAAUUUAUUGAUCCAUUUUUUUAGAAGUCCUUACCAUCCUUAUUCAGAGAGAUUAAACAUCUAUACACAGAUCCUAACAAGAUUGAAAUUAUGAAGAAAGCCUUUGAGACAUAUCUGGAUAAAAGUCAAAUCGAAAAGCUUUGGGCUUUGAUGUUACUAUCUCAGCAUUCCUAUCAAAUUAAGGAUUACAAUUAAUCCCUUGAACUUAUCAAUGAAGCCAUAGAACAUACAGCUACAUUGCCUGAAUUAUACUUGAUUAAAGCAAAAACUCUGAAGAAAUUACAAAAAUUCAAAGAGGCUUAUGAAUCAGCUGAUAGAGCUAGACAAUUGGAUUUGGCAGACAGAUAUUUGAACAAUUAGACAAUUAAAUAUGCUUCGCUAGCAAAUAUGAUAGUGGUAUCGUAAGAUUUAUUGAGUCUCUUCUUAAAAGAUGGGUCAGAUCCAUAUGAAUUGCAAAUGAUUUGGUUUGAACUCAAUAUAGGUAGAACAUUAUUACGAUUAAAUUAUCUUGGUCCUGCCUUACAGCAAUUUAAUUUAAUAUUUAAACACUUCCAAGAAAUGUGUGAUGACUAAUUAGAGUUCUAUUAAUAUUCAAUCAGAAGAUACACAUUAAGAUCUUUAUUGUAAAUGAUUGAUGCUAUCGAUAAAAGACACGAUGCUAAAUAUUUUAUUUAAUCGGCUGGAUUGAUGAUUGAAGGUUUGGAAAGACUUAGAGUAAGAAUCUAGGAAUAGCGAAAAAUAGAGUAAAAGAAGUUAACUCCAAAAGAGAAAAAAUUGUUAGCAAAGUAGUAACAAAAAGAAUAGGAAGAAAAACUCUUAAAGGAACAGUUUUCAAUAGAAGGACAUAUAUUCAGUAGAGAUAUAUAAAAAAGAUUCGAUCUCUCUGGAGAACAGCUUUUAGAUCAACUAAAAACUUAGGAAGAUAUUAUCAAAAUGUAAAAUCGUUUUGCUUAAGUCUUAAUUCACACUAAUUUCAAUAACAAAGAGGUGAAUUUUUAAGCAUUCAAACAAAUGGUUGGUUUGUACAUAAAUUAAUAAAAACCGUUGUUAUGUGCUAAGUUAUUGACUAAAUUGAGAAACAAUGAAACUGAAUAGAAUCGUAUUGUAAAUCACAAAUAUUAAUUAAUGCUGAUAUAGUUUUUAAAUAAAUAUUAAGGAACACUGUUACCCUACAUUAAGGAAUACUAGUAGGAUUUGAUUCAGUUCGAUUAAUAGUUUUGGAAUGAUGUUUAAAUAAAGACCUAAUUGGAUUAAAUAAUAAAGAGACAUUGUGAAGCAAUUAUUAAGGAAAAACCAUUUGAAGAGAAUUUAGAAUCAGAAGAUUUGUAGUUCUUGUAAGAAUAUCCAUAGGCUAAGGUAGAAUAUAUGAAUUUAAAAUAGACUACCCAUCCUUUCUAUAAGUAUGAUCCUAAUAUUGAGUGGUAAAACCAUUAGAUCAAAGAAUAUCAAGAAAAACAAUAGACACAACCUCUGUGA